GAAGCGCUAUGUCAAUCGUGACGCGGAGCCAAUGGUCUGCGAGGGAAUUUGGCGGUGAAGCGCGGGACGGAAGAAGAUGAUGGCGGUUCGGAAAGUAACGGCAGGUGAAUGAUUGCAUCGCUUUUGUUGAAAAAGUGCCAGUGCGAAAGAUGGAGACAAAACUGUUGGACUUCUUGGAUGGCAGAUGCAGAGCCUUAUCUCCAUCUUAUAGUUUUGAAAAUGGCAAGAAGUCAAGAGCAGCUUUGUUUGGACUUGAGAAGAAGUUGAAUGAUUCAUUUGACCUCAGCAAAACGUUCCCACGAAUGGCAAAACCUGCCCUCCAGAAGAUGGCUCCAGGAACCUACUGGAACUUAGAGUCUUUUACAGGUGAUUCUCUGAACUCCUACAGUUAUUCUUCUGUGGCCUCUCAAAAUAUUCUUUUGCCAUAUCUUAGUGGUUCCUUCUCUUGCCCUGGGUCUAAUACAUCAAGCAACAUUUGGAAUCUUUUUGGAGGUGACAAUUCAACUCUCCCCACUGUGGUUCGGAAUCCUAACAAAGCCAUCCUUACAAUAGAUGGUCUGACUACGGAGAUAUUGGUAGCCAAUGACAUGGCUUGUAAGCUGCUUUGUUAUAGUAGCAAAGAGCUGAUUGGUCAGAAGUUAUCUUCACUCAUAUCAAAGUCCAACCAAGUGCUGGAAGAGGCGUUGUAUGAAGACCAUCCGGAAAUUGAUGGACAAUUUGUGACUGUCUCAGGAAAAGUGAUUGACAUUAUUGGCAAGGAUGGAGUGGAGAUUCCAGUGUCGGUCUGGAUGAAACGCAUGACCGGUGAAGAGAGGCAGUGUUGUGUUGUGGUGAUGGAACCUGUAGAGCGACUUACUGCCUCUGUCACAUUCACAGACACGGGAAGAAUUUUAUCAUGUGACAAGCCAUUUGCCUAUCUCCAUGGUUAUGCAUCUGAAGAGGAGGUUGUUGGCUUUUCAAUAACUGAUGUCAUUCCUUCAGUAAAGAUACCGUCAUCUUGUAAGAAGAUACCAAAGAAUUUGAAAAUUCAGCGAGCAGUCGGCAGAGCAAAAGGUGGCAGCACUUUUCCUCUCAGUAUUAAACUCAGCCUUAAAGUCCCGGAGAAUUACAGCACUGGGGUGCAGAAAUAUAUUCAUGCUGCAGCUGAUUCCCAGGACGAUAUAAAUGAAGCAAUCUCAGACAUGGACGUGGUUUUCUCAGGAAUUUUGUGGGUUUUUACUACUGUCAGUGGUCUGAUCACUCUUCUGCCAGAUGGAGCUAUACACAGUUUGAAUAAUAACUUUGCUCUUAUGUUGUUUGGCUAUGAGAAAACAGAGUUGUUGGGCAAGAAUAUUACAUUUUUAAUUCCUGGUUUCUAUGACUACAUGGACCCAAUUGAUGAUGGAUUUCUACCAUUAUCUUCUCUGGAAGAUGAAGCCGAUGAAGUAGAAGUAUGUCGUAAUGGUGAGGCAAGUGUAGGAGGGUGCUAUAGUUACACAGCACUGUCUGACAUUAUGCCAGAAGACCGGGAUUAUGCAGGUAGCAUCAACCUGCUUUGCAAUAACAUCAAGAUGUCUAAUAAGGUCCCUGCCUUAUCUGACACAACAAAGAAAGAUCCAAGCCUGUUGGUUGCUGGAAAUAGAGCUCUUGUACAACAGGCAAAAGACUGUGGUAUAGGAUCAAAGGUCCCAAUAUUUACCGGAACCAGUUCAAGGUUAAAUAGUAACUGCAGCCUUCCUUCCACCAUGUCAUCUCCAAAAGUCACCUCGACUCCUUUCAGCAGACCAGGGAGUGAUAACACAAAUGAAAUGGUUGUCCAAGCGAAACAACUUCAGCCUGUGAAGGAGAGCAGUAAUUCCUUGCGACUUUUGGAAAGUGCUGCCACCAAAAAUCUCUUGUCACCAUCCAUUACUGCUGUUGGUUCGAAAAGGACUGAUGAAUGUUCAUCUCAAUUUGAAGAAAUAAAUCCAGAGAACACUGAAGAACAUUUGGUUCCAAAGGACUCAACUGUGGCACUGUGCUCUGCUGGUGGGUGCGGAUUUUGUUCACUCUCUGCAUCAUCAGCAGUAGCCUGUCACUGCAGUGAAGGAAUGGGUAAAUUACCACGCUCAUCAAAUCUAAACCCACUUUUGUCCAUGUGUGGUCAGCAAACCAGUUUGUCAGGAGAUGUAGUAACCUCUUCAGAUCAAAAUGGUGAUGGCAUGCAACAUCGUGGCAAGAUCUGUGAUUCCCCAGGGACCCCAACCCUGGAUGAAAACGUGCCUGGAAAUGGGACUUCUCCCAGAAUUCUCGUAAUACCCGAGGAAGAUAAAGCUGUGUAUCAUAAUUAUCUUGGUGGCCAAUCUAAUGAAGUAGGUAUAGCAAAUGAAAGUUGGUGGCAACAAGUCUCCUAUGAAUUUAGUCUUCCAUCUGAAAACCACAAAGAACAAAACAGUGUCUACAAAGAAAGGCAUGAAAUGAUUUAUUCUGCCAGGUUAAGUGGUCAAAUAAAUCUAUCUGCAAGCCAACACCAGCAGUGUGACACAAAGAUUGAAAACCAGCCAGAGGCUGAUGUAAGUUCAAUUCUGUAUGGUCUUAAGGAUCUGGAGCUCAGCAGCGAUUCAGAACUUAUUUCUGUAGAUCAGUCUGGCACUUCUUGCACGACCUCAGAGCUUCUCAGGACUCCAUCACCUUAUGUGAUUGAUUCAGACCUUGAAUCAGAAUCUGAGCAAAGUAAGAUAGCUGCUGUGAAAGAAAUUAAUACAUCUACUUGCAGUUACCAAAGUACAGAAAUAACCAGCCACUGUGUAGGAGCACCAGAACAAUUCUCUGUUUGUCCAAGGAUCACUGAUAUUCUGUCUGAAGGAUUAAUUUAUAGCAAGGGUCAUCUGCGUAAUAGUGAAAUAAGUGCCAGUGAACACUCAGUGCGGCAGAGUCCUUGUCUGGAAAUUAUGGGAAGUAAGGAUGAACUGGAAGGACAUGUUACAUCAACACCAAAAUCCCAUAAAUACUUGAGCUCAGAUAGUUCUUUAAAGCCCAAUUGUGAAAUUAAUGAGGGGAACUAUACUGGUAACUGCUAUCACAGGGAUGGUUCCAGACUAUGCAUAGUGUUUCAGGUCAAGUGUCUACAGUUGCGAGAUGGAGGAAAAUUGUAUUGUGUGUGGGUAGUGCGGAAUCAUGCUCAGAGUCGGAGAGAGGCUGGGCUGAAGAAUCUUUUAUUGUCUACUCUAAACAGCACUUCCCUAUCUGCAGCACACUCUAUCAGCUUGGGAGAGGUUAUAAUGGAAACCGCAAAGUUACAUGGUUUAACGUAUUCAGAAGAUUUGGAGAUGGCGAAAGCUUGUGAAGGAGAAUACUCUGAGUUUUAUACCACGGUCAGCCCACUAGGGAAGGGAGCUUUUGGUUUUGUGUGGACAGCACAUCAAAAAUUUAGCAAUAAAGAGGUUGUGGUGAAAUUUAUUCGUAAGGGCAAGAUUGUUGAAGACUGUUGGGUUGAUGAUGCGGACCUGGGCAGAGUAAGUCAGGAGAUCGCAAUCCUUGCUCGACUCAACCAUCCCAACAUAAUCAAGGUACUUGAUGUGUUUGAGAACCCGGAUUUCUUUCAACUUGUAAUGGAGAAACAUGGAACUGGCCUGGAUCUCUUUGAAUUCAUUGACCAGCAGCCAGACUUGGAUGAGCCCUUAUCCAGCUUCAUAUUUAGACAGAUUGUGGCCGCUGUGGAUUAUCUACACAGUAAAUGCAUUCUGCAUCGGGAUAUCAAGGACGAGAACGUGAUUAUUGACGAGGAUUUCACUGUUAAGCUUAUUGACUUUGGUUCAGCUGUGAACUUGGAGCCUGGGAAAGUUUUCCGUACAUUUUAUGGAACAAUUGAAUACUGCUCUCCAGAGGUACUGAUGGGAAACCCGUAUUCUGGAUCUGAGUUGGAGAUAUGGUCCCUGGGAGUGACAUUGUAUACCCUGGUCUUUGCAGAGAACCCAUUCAGUGAUGUAGAAGAGACAGUAGCAGCUGUCCUAAAACCACCUUUUCAAUCCUCCAAUGACUUUAUGAACUUGGUGUCAUCUAUGCUGCAGCCUGAUCCUUGCCUCCGCCUAACUUUGGAAGAACUAAUGAAGGACCCAUGGGUGACACAGCCUGUCAAUCUGGCCCUCUACACCUGGGAGGAAGUGUACUCUGCCAAAGAAACAUCAUUUGCGAACUGUUCUGUGUCUGGAGAGGACCACAGAUUGCUCAUUCCCCCUCUGAGGUUUGCUGACAAUGAGAGUGAAGUAAGUGCUGACAAGGUUUCUUCUGCAGACCUCCUCCAAGCUGAACGUUCACGUGAUCUAUGCAAGAAUGAUGAGGACACAGUUCCAUCUUCGGCAGAGCUCCAGGCUGACCUCUUGGAAUAUUUGUAUAGCCAGGACUGAUAGAAACAUACCUGGGCAGCAAAGCAGAACAUAGGGAAGCUGCAUUUGUUUUAACAUUGUAUUUUUGAGUUGUACAUCAAGGUAAAGUGCAUGUUGUGCUGUAGGAAACAGUAAGGUCUCCAAUACAUCGAGUGAAGUAACUGCUGGGAAAGUGGGAUCUCCCAUACUCCUGGGGCUGGAACAAUUUUCAAUGUUAAAGAAUUGCAACUUUGGGAAGGUCAUCCGCUGCCCAAAGUUAUCUGCGAACUGACUGGCUGAAACAUGGUUGCGGGUGGCCAGUCAAACCUGGUCAGGUCCUACUUCCAUUCCUGCAUUCUGUAAAUACAACUGUAAACUAGCCUUGGGACCCGGGGCAUUCUAAGACCAUAUCUAGCCUUGCUGCUACUCUGGCACAAAUCUGUUAAAUUCUGGGCUUUAAGAUAAUUUUUCAAAAUACAGCAGACAGUUAAAUGGAGAAACUCUCUUAGAGCCUUAGAUGAAUGCAGCUAUCCUAUUGGGAGUAAUGAUCAUGGUCUAUGCAGUCAGCGUGUGGUUAUGUGGUCAGACUGCCAACAUGAAUUAUUUGUUAUUUUAAAAGCCUAGAUAAAAUUGGGCACUGUGGUAGCAUCUGUCACGCUUCCUUCAGAGUUCAGCAGCACAGGGGAUUUAAUGCCUUUCAUGUCAACCCAUAUCCCCUUAUUCAGUCUCUGGUGCCUCCCAAUUAGUUUUAAAGUUGCCACUGAUGAACUGUUUCUUUGCAUUAUCUGACAAAGUGUAUACACAUGCAAAACAAUAUUGGAUUUGGUCUUUAUUGUAACAAAAAACUCUUGAUUAUACUGUCCCUUCCAGAAGAUUGAUAAUAUAUACAGGUUCGCCACUGAUUUUCCAGCACCUCCUUUAAUGUGGACAAAAUUACGAGAGCAUUGCGUGUGGUGUUUUAUGCUUUUUCGGGACGUGUGCCUCUGUCCUGCAAGAGUUAAUUGUUUACUUCUUUGUUCAUUGUUAGUUCUUUAUUUAAGUUUCUAGCAAUCCGUGGUGCUUUGAAGACAUGGGAGGGGUAUAAUUAGUGAGUUAUGGGUGUAUUGAAUUAUUAUUAUGUGACAUCUGUUGGUCAGGCAAAAUGGAUAAUCCGGCAUCGCUCUGGAAAGAAGGGUGCUGGAAAAUCAAUGGUGUACCUGUAAUUACACUUGGCUUGUAUACCAUUCGUUUCUAUUUUUACUGUUCCUUACAUUGCAACAGUGACUCACAGUGAGACAAAAAUGUGCUAAACUGACAACAAAUGAAUAACACUCCUGAUGAUUUUUAAUCAUUUCGUUGCUAUGGAAACAUUGCUGAGCUAACUCUCUUUUCCCCUUAAAACCCUUUGUUUUGCAUUUAAUUUUACUUUGUGGAUAUAUGUUUGCCAUAAGCCCCCUCAAAAACUUAAAAAAAUAAAAUUUAUGAAAGUAA